UAACUUCUCCUCGAUUAACUUGAAAAAUGUUACGUUUUUUCACUGGUCGAAGCCACGGCUAACUGAUGAGUGAACAGGAACAAACACAAAAUUUCGCGUGAUAUUAGCCAGGAAAUUGAGAAUCAAGUAAUAAUGACAGGACAACGAAACGUCUCGUCACCAAGUGGCGUUUCACUAACUCGAGUCAACUACUUGAAGUUUGCUUCGUCGCGGCGCACAGCUGACGCACAUAGGCGUCUACACGGGGGGCACAAUUUUAACGUAACUGUUCAAAUACAGACUAUUGUAUCGUUUCUAGUGCUUCGUAUCGAAGUUUAUAGAAAUAUCCGACAUAAACUGCUCUGAGGAUUGAAUGAGAAGUUCGCAAGUGUCACGUACAACGUUAAAAAUAAUAAGGAAAUUCUAUUACCAGAAAGUGAAUUGUGUUUGGUGAAGUGAUAUUUAUUUUAAUAGACGACACAAAUUACCAGCGAUGAAUCUGCAUUGUACGAUCAAAUUUGAAAUAAGUGUAAACCAGCAAAGGGAUUCAAUUUGUGUUUUAUGCGACGGGGUUUUAAGUAGUUACGCCAAUGGGUGUACGAACGAUGAACGGAGAAGCUCGCCUCGCAACGUUCAGUAAAGUGAACUUAACCCUAUCGUAACGUAAUAUUCGGAAUAGACAUCGAUGUGAAUCCCUUAGUUCUCGGGCGAGAUGAGUUUGCCCAGCGUGAGUGAUUAUUCUUUAUUAGAAAAACUCGGUUCAGGGAGUUAUGCGACCGUCUACAAAGCUAUUAAAAAGGAUGGAUGCCGCGAUGUAGUCGCAAUCAAAUGUGUAGACAAAUCGUCACUGUCCAAGUCGGCUGUCGAUAAUCUCGUCACGGAGAUCAAUCUUCUGAAAAUCCUCAAGCACGAGCAUAUCGUGGAGAUGAGGGACUUUUUCUGGGACGACGGGCAUAUAUACAUCGUGAUGGAGUACUGCGACGCCGGCGACUUGUCGAGUUUUAUAAGGAAGAGGCACAAGCUAGCCGAACGAAAUUGCCGGGGCUUUUUGCAACAGCUCGCGCUGGCGCUGAGGUACCUGCGCGAUCACAACGUCUCCCACAUGGACCUGAAGCCGCAGAACCUACUGUUGACGAGGCGGCCGCAUUUGGUGUUAAAAGUCGGAGACUUCGGUUUCGCUCAAUACCUCUCCAAUUCCGAGCAAAAGUUCGCCAUCCGGGGCUCUCCCCUCUAUAUGGCGCCGGAAAUAUUAUUGAAACGGAAGUACGACGCCCGCGUCGAUCUCUGGAGCGUCGGCGUGAUCAUGUACGAGUGCCUUUUCGGCAGGGCACCCUACUCGAGCACCAGUGUCCAGGAACUGAGCGAGAAAAUCAAGGACACUCGACCUAUAGAGUUACCGAAAGGAUGCCAGGUGACACGCGAGUGCAAGGACUUAUUGCUGUCCUUGUUGAAGCACGAUCCUGACGUGAGGAUAACAUUCGACGAUUUCUUCGCUCACGAAUUUUUGGAUCUGGCACACGCGCCGACAAAGGAGAAUUACGAGAAGGCGGUAGAAUUGGUCCAGCAAGCGGUGAAAAUGGACACGGAGAAGAACCCGAAGGAGGCGUUUUAUCUUUACUGCGAGGCGCUUCGAUACUUCAUUCCUGUUUUAACAAAUGAGACUGAACUAAAACGGAAAGAGAUUUUAAGGUCGCACGUAAAUAAUUACAUUAAGAGGGCUGAAACACUGAAAGCCUCCUGUAUAGAGGUUGCCGACGAAAAGGAUAAACGGAACCCCACGAUGAUCCCGAGGGUGGCGGCCUUGAGCGAAGGAUCAUCGUUAGCGUAUCCCGAACUAUGGACACUUAGCAAAAGUACAACCAAAAUACUCGAUGGAUUGGAAAUAGGAGAAACGGCCGAGCAAUAUCUUGCCGAAGGAAAUUACGUACACGCGUUGGAAAGGUUUCAGUCCUGUUUGGGGGUAUUGGUACCGCUGUUAAAGAAGGAGCCAGCGGGUCGAAGGAGAGAUUUGUUGUACAAACAGGUUCAGCUCUGGAUGAAAGAAGCCGAAAGCACCAAAGGUCUGCUGGCAACAAGGGAUAUCGAAGAGCCUGUCCAGCGAGGUUCUGAUUCAUUCGAGCAAUGCAUAAUACAGUAAUUUUAAAUAAAGGCUCAAUCUUGUCAAAGUCAUCAUA